AUGCCAAACUCGAUUGCUAUCGCGAAGUUCGUGGGCGUGACAUCGCUCGGAUUGCUCACGGGCGUGAGCUAUACCCUCUCCACGCAAUCGCUGCCAUCUCUCCUCACCCUGCCAAGCGCAAAGCCCGCAGCAUACACCCUCAACCAGCAGACUCGUCUCUCGACACUUCACAUCCGCACGCUUUCGACCCUUUCCGCCAGCAGCCUACUGCUUGCCUUCUGGCUGUCCCCACCCCGCAUUCGACACCCGUAUCUUGUUUGGACCGCCGUGGUUGCGGGUAUCAGUGGCGCGCUCAACUUGGUUAUGGACCGGAGUCUUCAGCAGCGCGUCGUCAAGGACGAUGUUGGCGACGUGAACGGAGAGGAGGUUGAGAAUCAGGCGCGUUCUCAGCAGCUAAUGGAAUUUGUGAGGACUGGCGUUGCGGGCGUUGGCUUUUCGAUGGGCAUGGUUGGCAUUUGGGGAGAUGGCGCAUAA